AGUCAAGCAACCCAAAGUCGUAGAAAAGUUCAUUACUUUAUUUAUUUGGUUGUAGUUUGUCCAUUAAAAAUUUCACUACUUGGUAGUUGCUUGAAGGUGAGAGAAAGAAGAGCGAGACAAUGGAGCCGGAGCCUGGAAUCUCUUCUUCUCGAAGUUCAUCUAAGCUUUCAUGGGUAAAUUUAUCCAAGACCCUGCUAUUAGCAUACCAAAGUGUCGGUGUUGUUUAUGGGGACUUGAGUACAUCGCCACUAUAUGUCUAUACAAGUACAUUUAAGGGGAGGCGACAGAUGCAUCUCAAUGAGGAAACAGUAUUUGGUGCAUUUUCCUUAAUUUUCUGGACUUUAACUCUGAUUCCGUUGCUCAAGUAUGUCUUCUUUGUAUUAAGUGCUGAUGAUAAUGGGGAAGGUGGAACAUUUGCUCUUUACUCCCUGCUUUGCAGACAUGCAAAGUUCAGCUUACUUCCAAAUCAACAAGCUGCGGAUGAGGAGCUCUCUGCCUAUAAAUAUGGCCCCUCAGCUCCAGUAACUAUAAACUCUCCCCUAAAGAGGUUCCUUGAUAAACACAAGAAGCUGCGCAUAGCCUUACUUGUUUUUGUGUUGAUUGGUGCUGGGAUGGUCAUUGGUGAUGGUGUGCUGACUCCUGCUAUUUCAGUUGUGUCAUCAGUUUCAGGCCUUCAAGUUGCUGAAAAGAAACUGAACGAGGGUGAACUCAUGCUGCUUGCCUCUGUCAUACUGGUGGGCCUGUUUGCACUGCAACAUUGUGGUACCCACAAAGUGGCUUUUUUGUUUGCUCCAAUUGUCUGUAUUUGGCUGUUCUCAAUUUUUGGAGUUGGUCUAUACAACGUAAUAUAUUGGAACCCCAAAAUAGUCUAUGCAUUUUCUCCAUAUUAUAUUGUCAAAUACUUCAAGGAAACUGGGAAAGAUGGAUGGAUUUCUCUGGGAGGAAUACUUCUUUGCACUACAGGUACAGAAGCUAUGUUUGCAGAUAUCGGUCACUUUACAGCCUUUUCUAUUAAGCUUGCUUUCGCGUGUGUCAUAUAUCCUUGCCUCGUGGUACAGUACUUGGGCCAAGCUGCAUUUUUGUCUAAGAAUACCUCCCAUAUCGAUCACAGUUUCUAUGACUCUAUACCUGAACCGGUAUAUUGGCCUGUGUUCAUCAUUGCGACUCUUGCUGCAAUUGUUGGAAGUCAGGCAGUCAUCACUGCAACAUUCUCCAUCGUUAAACAAUGCCAAUCUCUUGGAUGCUUCCCAAGAGUAAAAGUUGUCCAUACUUCAAAACAUAUAUACGGCCAGAUAUACAUCCCAGAAAUAAACUGGAUCCUCAUGAUUCUUACACUUGCAGUAACAAUUGGUUUUCGCGAUACCACUAUGAUAGGAAAUGCAUAUGGGCUGGCUUGUAUCUCAGUCAUGCUGAUAACUACUUGCCUCAUGGCACUCGUAUUUACCUUUGUGUGGCAAAGAGGUGCUCUUGCUAUUCCAUUUAUCCUGUUCUUUGGUUUUAUUGAGGGAGUGUAUUUGUCUUCCGCAUUUAUCAAAGUACCUCAAGGAGGCUGGGUUCCCAUUAUGUUGUCUCUUGUAAUUGUACUUGUAAUGUAUGUUUGGCACUAUGGAACCCGCAAGAAGUACAAUUUUGACCUUCAUAACAAGGUUGCACUGAAAUGGAUUCUUGGCCUGGGUCCCAGUCUCGGUAUAGUACGUGUGCCGGGCAUCGGUCUGAUCUACUCUGAACUGGCUGUGGGAGUUCCUGCUAUCUUCUCUCAUUUUGUGACUAAUCUGCCUGCCUUUCACAAAGUCUUGGUGUUUGUCUGUGUAAAGUCAGUACCAGUCCCAUUUGUUUCACCAGAAGAACGUUUUCUCAUCGGCCGCAUCUGUCCAAGACCAUAUCGCAUGUAUCGUUGUAUAGUUAGGUACGGGUACAAAGAUAUUCCACGAGAUGAUGGUGAGUUUGAAGACUUGCUUAUCAAAAGUGUAGCAGAAUUCAUUCAGAUGGAAGCCGUUGAGCCUCAGUUUACCGGUUCAGACAGUUCCUCGUAUGAAGGUAGAAUGGCUGUGAUAAGCACCCGAACCAUUCAAUUGAAUUCAAGCUUAAUCGUUUCAGAGCAUGACGAUCUCGACAUCAAUGAAAUUACCCAAAGUAGCAGGGCUCUGACACUUCAGAGUUUAAGAUCUGUUUAUGAAGACGAGAGUGUGCAAAUAAGGAGACGCUGUGUCAGAUUUCAGUUGCCACAAAGUCCUGCUAUGGACUCAGAUGUAAGAGAUGAGCUGUUGGACUUGAUCGAGGCGAAGGAGGCCGGAGUUGCGUAUAUAAUGGGUCAUUCCUAUGUCAAGGCUAGAAGAUCCUCGUCGUUCUUGAAAAAGCUUGCUAUCGAUAUUGGAUAUUCUUUUUUAAGGAAGAAUUGCCGAGGUCCGUCAGUAGCUCUCAAUAUUCCUCACAUAAGUCUCAUUGAGGUUGGGAUGAUAUACUAUGUCUAGUUUUGUUUUCUGAAUUUUUUUUGUAAUUAUUUCCUUCUUUCUUGAACAGGGAAUAGAAAUUGGGAGGGGGGAAAGGAAAAAAUGUUAUGUAGUGUAGAUUCCAAUUAGUAUAGGGGUAGUUUAAUCCCCUUCUUAUUUUUGCUUGUGUACAGAUAUGAUUAUCAUUUGAAAAGUUUUAUAGGUCUUUCUAUUUGAGACUACAUAAUUUAAUUUACAAACUACAGUCUAUUUGAGUCUUGUUUGUUUCA